AUGUCGCAAACUCAUACGACCACUUCCUUUCUUCUAUCUAAUCUUCACUGUCCUUCAUGCGUUUCCUAUAUUAAAGAUGUACUUUCCCAAUAUGAUCCGGCACCGACAUCCGUAUCACCCAACCUCGUCACGUCCUGGGUCACUGUUUACCACGACGAAUCACUAUCUAUUUCCACCUUACGCAGCGCACUCGAGCAGGUAGGCUUUGAGGUCUGUGACAUGACCACAGAUUCUAAACAGCCGGAAACGAACAAUCAGGUCACGAGCGAUAAAGAUAUUGGUUAUCUGGAUCGAUUCAUACCAAGUUCCUCGUCUGAUGCGAAGAUCCCGGCAAAAUCAAAAUACCCUUCCCGGCACAUAUUAAAUUGUGAAGCCUGCCGGCUCAACCUCACGGAACAACAUGGCGAUAUUCUUGGAUACAAAGGACUUGAACCUGGUGUUUCAAAACAUGUCACCAAAGGGAAGGAAAAUAUGGAAAAGGCCCUUCAACCUGUUGUCGUCGUUGACUCGAUACCGAGCGAGUACUUCAGAGCUACAUUGGCUAUCGGUGGAAUGACAUGCGCGUCAUGCGCUGGCAGCAUCACCGAAGAACUCAAUAAGAAGCAAUGGGUCGAGAAAGUCGUUGUCAAUCUUAUUUCAGGCAGUGCUGUGGUCGACUUUGUCGAGGAGGACCACAAAGAUGACUUGAUUGAGAUUAUCGAGAGCAUUGGAUUUGAAGCGGCACUCGACAGCGUUACCAGUCUGAAAAAGCCUCAGCAUGGGAGCCAAAACCUUUUCAGAGCCUCGCUGGCUGUUGGUGGCAUGACUUGUGCGUCAUGUGCUAACAAUAUAGUCAAAGGCCUUGAAACUGUGGAGUGGAUCAGGAAAACCGUCGUCAACCUGAUCGCAAACAGUGCCAGCAUCGACUUUGUGGGAGAAGAGCACAAGGAUGAUUUGGUGGAGAGCAUCGAAGCGAUGGGAUAUGAGGCAACUAUCGAUAGCAUUAUCCGUCUUGACGACGAAAAUUCCACUCAAGACAUGGUUCGAACAGUGGAUAUCAAGGUUGACGGUAUGUUUUGUGAACAUUGCCCAGCCAGGAUAUCCGAAUCUCUCGCAACCUUGGGUGAUCGUGUCAAAAUAGACAGGUUACUAAGUGUAGAGAAACCUGUCAUGAGAGUAUCUUACACCCCGGACGCGCCAGAUUUUACUGUCAGAAAUAUCCUCGAAACAAUUUCAGACACCGAGGUCGCCUUUUCAGCGUCGAUAAACCACGAACCAACCCUCGAAGAACGGUCCCGAAAAAUGCAAAGACGCGAACAAUUUCGAAUACUUAUUCGAGUCAUCCUCACGUUCGUCAUCGCCAUCCCUACACUCAUCAUCGGCAUCGUUUAUAUGAGUCUCGUUAAAGAGCACGACCCCGGAAGGAUGUUUCUCAUGCAUCCUCUACGCGCUGGAAUCAGCAGAGCGCAAUGGGCACUUUUCAUUAUGGCAACACCUGUCUACUUCUUGUGUGCAGAUGUCUUCCACGUUCGUGCCAUCAAGGAGAUCAGAUCGUUGUGGAGGUGGGGAAGCAGAACGCCAAUACAUCAACGGUUUCUUCGAUUUGGUAGCAUGAAUAUGCUUAUGUCGCUAGGAACCUCGGUUGCAUACAUAUCCUCCACUGCACAACUUAUUUCUGCGGGUGUCCAUCCUGCUGCAAAGCCUGAUGAUAGCACAUUCUAUUUCGAUUCGGUUGUCUUCCUCACCUUGUUUCUUCUGGUUGGUCGACUCAUUGAAAGUUACAGCAAAUCAAAGACUGGCGACGCAGUUACACUGCUAGGAAAAUUACGACCGACUGAAGCGAUUUUGAUUAUCACGGGCUCUAGCUACCCAGAGUCUAUCAAUGGCACAUCUACUGGCGAAGCAUUUCUGAAAGACGACAGGCCACAGACACAUAAGACGGUCAGCGUUGACUUGUUGGAUUUUGGGGAUGUUGUUAAGGUUUUACAAGGAGGAUCGCCGCCAUGUGACGGUGUCAUUGUACAAGGCGAAACUAAGUUCGAUGAAUCAAGCUUGACAGGAGAAUCUAAGUUGGUAAAAAAGACAGCCGGUGAUCAAGUGUUCUCUGGUACUGUCAAUAAGGACUCGCCUGUUUCCAUAAGGAUAACUGGCGUUGCGGGAUCGUCAAUGCUGGAUCAAAUCGUAGCCGCUGUUCGUGAUGGUCAAACUAAGCGAGCUCCCAUGGAGGCCAUCGCGGACGCACUGACAAGUUACUUUGUGCCAGGAGUAAUCUUGAUAUCAAUUCUAACAUGGAUUGUCUGGUUGUCAUUAGGUAUUUCUGGUGUUCUACCGCGACAUUGGCAAGGCCCAGAUGCAGGUGGCUGGGUAGCUUGGUCACUUCAAUUCGCAAUUGCAACCCUCAUUGUCGCGUGUCCUUGCGGAUUGGCCCUCGCGGCGCCAACCGCCUUGUUCGUGGGCGGCGGACUUGCAGCUCAGCAUGGCAUCCUUGUCAAAGGAGGUGGUGAGGCAUUCGAGAAAGCAAGCAAACUAGAUUGUAUUGUAUUCGACAAGACCGGAACUCUUACACAUGGUGGCGAGCCAGUUGUCACUGAUUUUAAGAUUUUCCCAGUCGAUUGCAACUCAACUGAAGCGGUUGCGAACAGUGGCAAAACGAUAUUGAGCAUGGUCAACGGCCUCGAAAACAACAGUAGCCACACAAUUGCCAAAGCACUCAAGGAAUUUUGCGCCGAAAAGAACAUUGAAGGUGGUAAAUUACUUGAAGUUGCUGAGAUUGCCGGCAAAGGCCUCGCAGGCUCUUUCAAUUUUGGCAGAACGUCCAGUACAGUACAUAUGCUAGUCGGAAACGAGCUUCUGAUGUUAGAAAACAGAGUUUCUAUCUCAGAAUCCACCCGAUCUACUCUUGAGUCAUGGAAAUCUCAAGGACGUUCCGUCGCUCUCGCGGCCAUUCAAAAGACAACUGAAACCGAAAUCAGCUCAAAUCAAUACCAGCUCGCGGCCAUUUUCGCAAUCUCUGACCCCAUCCGCCCAGAAGCCCCAGCAAUCAUCACAAGCCUCCAAAAGCGCGGCACGGAAGUCUGGAUGCUAUCCGGCGACAAUCAAAUUACCGCUAACGCCAUUGGUGCCCAAGUCGGAAUCCCAACAUCCAAUAUCAUCGCCGGUGUCCUGCCCAGUCAAAAGGCGGAAAAGAUCCAAUACUUGCAAAAGUCGUUGAAGGCGAAAACAUUUGCGGGUGGAGAGCAUGCCCAAAAAAGAGCACUCGUCGCCAUGGUGGGUGAUGGAAUUAAUGAUUCUCCCGCUCUCACCACCGCAGAUGUAGGCAUAGCUAUCGGCUCCGGCUCAGACAUCGCGAUAUCCUCUGCAGAAUUUGUGCUCGUGUCCUCGAGUCUUAAAUCGUUAAUCACGCUUCUCGAUCUCAGUAAAGUUGUUUUCCGACGCAUCAAAUUCAAUUUUGCAUGGGCGCUGGUGUACAACAUGAUUGCGCUCCCAGUGGCGGCAGGUGUGUUGUAUCCGAUCGUGAGUCAGGGAAAGCAUGUUAGACUUGACCCUGUGUGGGCCAGUUUGGCAAUGGCAGCGAGUAGUAUCAGUGUUGUUUGUAGCAGUUUGUUGUUGAGGAGUCGGGUUCCUUGGUUGGGAUUUCGAGUGAGAAAGAUGGAGCAGUAG